AGGAGGAGGGCUGGCCCGGGAAGCGGCGUCUGCGAGUGCGCAGCCUUCCGAGGAAGCCCGGAGCCAGGAGAGCGGCCGAGGGGGCCUGUCUUAUCCGUAGGAGAGGAGCCUUCGAGGGGAAGGAAGGGGGCCCAGCGCCAGGAGACCCUCCAUGGGCCGGGGGAUGCCUCGCGUGGGGAGCCCACCUUCCCCGCCCAGCGCCUGACGCUGGCCAUGGAUUCCAGCCCCCCGACUCCGGACCCCGGGGGCCCGCGGAGGGACUUUGCGGCCCCUGCCUCCGAACCGGGACCCCCGUCCUUCGAAUGGCUGCUGGGGCGUCUGGGGGCCGGGGGACGGCGCCAGCGUCUGCUGCUGGCCCUGAGCUGCCUGCCCUGCCUCCUCCUGGGACUGGGGGACGGCUCGGACGCCCUCUUCACCCUGACGCCCCCCAGGCGCUGCAGGGACCCCAACGGCACCCGCCUGCCCGAAAACGUGACCUGCCAAGACACCCAUUGCCCAAACUGGGAGUACGGAGGGCUCCCAGCGCUCACCAGCAACCCAGUCACCGAGUGGUCCUUGGAUUGCUCUCGCGCCUGGGUCGUCCCCUUGGAGCAGCUCUGUUUCCUCCUGGGCUUUGCAGCGGGGUCCCUUCUUUUGGGUCACCUGGCAGACAGCGUGGGCCGGCGCAGCACUCUCCUGUUAGCCUUGGCACUCGGCUGCCCCGCGGGCAUCUUGGCGGCGUUUGCGGCCUCUCCUUCGGUGUUCAUGCUGGGCCGUUGCCUUUGGGGAGCGAUGCUGGGAGGCAUGCAGCUUGCCCUCUACCUUAGCCGCUUGGAGCUGUGCUGUCCUCCACAGAGGCUGCCGGUGGCCAUGGCAGGAGACCUUCUCAUGGUGGGAGGCCACUUUCUACUUUUAGGGUUGGCAUUGGCUUGCGGAAGUUGGCGGGUCCUUCAAGGCGUGAUGUCUUCUGGGCUUGGGCUUUGCCUGCUGUAUGGAUGUCCUGGAUUUUACCCCGAAUCUCCCCGUUGGCUCCUGGCCACUCGCCGCACAGCUCAGGCCAAGGAGAUUUUGAUCGAUCUGGCCCAAGGAGGGGGUGCCCAGGAAUCGGAAGCUCAAGAGGCAUUAACAGAACUGGACAACGCCUGCCAUCUCCCCGCUGCGGCCCAGAUCUCCCUCCGCGCUGUCCUCUCCUGCAGAAACAUCUGGAAAAACAUCCUCAUCCUUGGUUUUACCACAUUCAUUGCCCACGCCAUCUGCCACUGUUACCAGCUCGCUUGGGAUUCCCUGGAGGACCCACACGCCAAGUUCUACCUCUCCUACCUGCUGUCGACCGGCAGUGCGGGCCUGGCCUGCCUCUUCCUGUGCCUGAGCGUGGACCGGUACGGGCGCCGAGGGAUCCUCCUCCUGACCACCACGCUGACCGGCAUUGCCUCCCUGAUCCUGCUGGGCCUCGGAGAGUAUCUGAACAAUGCUGCGCGGAGAACCUUCUCCAUCCUGGGCCUUUUCUCUUCCCAUGCGGCUGGCUCUCUCAGCAUCUUCUUCGCCUCCGAGGUCAUCCCCACCGUUAUCAGGGGCAAAGGCUUGGGCGUCAUCCUGGCCUUGGCUUCGCUGGGCGGCCUGAGUGCGCCGGUGCUCCGCUUGCGAGAACAGCACGGCUCCUUCCUCGAACACAUUGUGCUGGCCUCCCUCAACAUCCUGGCCCUCCUCUGCCUGAUGCUGCUCCCCGAGAGCAAGCGCAAGGCUCUUCCGGAAGGCCUCCGGGACGGAGAACUCUACCGGCGGCCAUCCCUGCUCCGACGGACGGCGGGGAGUGAAGGACGGGAUGCCGAAGGGGCCACCCGGAGGGACGACGUGCCCCUCCUCUCCACACCAAACCCCACCAGCUGAUGCAGCCCACCAUGCCUGCCUCGGGCCACCGUGCACGCCUCUGCCAAGCUGGUUUAGGGCUGCCUCCUGAACAAGGAGAAAGGACAAAGCCUUGGCGAAUGUCUGUGCCGCUCCUGCGUUUCCAUUUUCUGCUUGUGGUGUAACAUGAGGAGACGCCCAACUUCUGCUUUAAGGUCUCAAGGAGUCCAUGUCACCCCAGAAGCAGAAAACCAGAGCAGUGACCAUUGCACAACAGACCCAAACUUCCCUUAAUUUGGACUAGAUCUGGACUGGGACCAUACAUCUCAGUCCCGUUUUUAAGGAUGGAAGGUUAGAAUGGCCUCAAAACGGCACACUUGUGCAAUAAAGUCUAAAGUCUGCUUUCCCCAGCUGGGUGCCCUUCAGAUGCAUGGAGAGAACCGGGUUGAAGAAAGCAGUCUUAGAUAAACUAUUUAUAAUUCCUGUAUCUCCUAGUUCUCUAGUCACUUCCUGAUAGCUUUAUUACAAACUGAGAAGUAAAGGUCAGAGAGGGAAGCUUUAUGUGCUGGACGUCUGCCUGGCAGAAACAUGCCAAGGUAUAGGAACCAUGGCAGGUGAGAAAGUGUUUGUGUUUUUGAUUCAAUACCUGUCAAUUCUAGACGUUCGUGGCUGCUAGGCCCAUCCCUCAGUUUUUUGGGGUCCCUUACAGUUUUAUCAGAUUCUUUUCCAGUCAGUUCCUAUGUAUUGUUGAGGGCUUUUAUGGCCAGAAUCAUAGGGUUGUUGUGUGUUUUCCGGGCUUUAUGGCCAUGUUCCAGAAGUAUUUUCUCCUGACGUUUUGCCCACAUCUAUGGCAGGCAUCCUCAGAGAUUGUGAGGUAUAUUGGAAAAACUAAGCAAGGAAGGUUUAUAUAUCUGUGGGAGGUCCUUAUUUACUGUUCUGAUUUUAGAGUUCUUAAGAAUUUUUAGUAUUAAAAAUAUUAGUAUUUAAAAACUCUAAAAUCAGAACAGUAAAUAAGGAACAACACUCUGAAAACAGAGGAAUUCCAGACAUGAAUCAAUCAGGGCCAGCUAAUGACUGUGAACAAAGGAUUCCCCCAGGCAAGAAGAAGCCAGGACAUGAAACUUGUAAGGCCAUUAAGGCCAAUCAAGGUGAUUAAUUUUGACAUUCACACUGGCCUCCAACAGCCAGAGUUCUUUCUCCCACUCUGGACCUUCCACGGAUAUAUAAACCUUCCUUGCUUAGCUUUUCCAAUAUACCUCACAAUCUCUGAGGAUACCUGCCACGUAUGUGGGCGAAACGUCAGAAAAUACUUCUGGAACAUGGCCAGACAACCCAGAAAACACACAACCACCCCAGUUCCUAUGUAAAUGGCCCACGCCACCCUUUGGGGAGAUACAGCCCGCCCUCAUCCAUACAACGGACACUAGAUGACCACCCCUUUGAAUCACUUUGUAGCAUAGCACCCAUUUUACAGAUUUUAAAAACAGGUCAAGCGGCACAUUCAAAAAUCCUUAGGUAUUCUAAUAAGGAAAAGGUCAAAGCUUUCAAUCUAUGCACGCCAUGCCGACUUACUCAUCAUUUUGAUAAAUGUGUCUAGAAAGGGCUCUUAAUGUCUUUUCUUUUUAGCCAGUGGAACCAUGGGCAUUUGAAGUCUUUUAAAUCAGUUUCCCCCUAAAUAAUGCCUGGAGCCUGAGUUCUUCCCUGUGGGCUUCAGAAAAUAUAUUUUGAUCAGUUUGCUGCUCAUAUGCCUACAGCUCAGAUAAGAUGCCAGUUGAUUCCUUUGUUCUGCCAGAGCUAUAAUCUCCAGAAAUUCUCGAUGGCUAUAUAUAUUUCCCCAAUUAUUUUAAUUCCUUCCCUCUUAUUGUCAAAGGCACAGUUCCUGUGGGCAGCAGUCUUUUAAGGACAUAGAUCAUUCUUCACUUGCUGCCACACAGGUGUGAAUAUGCAGUGUUAACCCACACGUAACCUCCCAUCAAGUAUGACUGGUAACUCGACUCAUUUAAGCCAAAAGUGAAGGCAGAUUUGGCAUCACUGGUGGGAAGAUGCUUGCGAAAAUCAAGGUGGCCACGCUAUGACAAGACUUCUCCCAAGAUGUUUCAGAAUGCAACCCCACCUACGAGAUUUGGAAAGAACGGUGUUUUGGCUGCUUUUUAAUCCUAAAGGGAAAUAUAAACUACUGACUGUUAAUAAGCUAAAUACAGAUUAAAGAAAAUUCUUGAGAA